UCAGGGAGUUUAGGGCAACAAAUGGUAUUUCAAAAAUGUUGCAUGCAAGGGUCGAGUUCACAACAGUGGAGGCUAACGACCUGUCAAACGAUGCAAAAAAUCCAAACCUCGAAAGGAGAAGGGCUAAUGGUGGCAUUUGGCCCAAGGAAAGGGAUCAGAGGGAAGGAUUGGAUAGUUAUUGGCUAGACCUAAUUUCAAUAAAGGGG